CCUUCACCUCUCGCGAGACCCGCCCGAGCGCGGCUGGGUUUCCGCUGGGUUCGCGCGGUCAGGGCCCCUCGGGCAAGAGCUCUUCCUGCGCUGCGCCCCGGAAGCGGAAGUGUGGCGCCCGAGCUGUCAGAGUCUCUGUGGCGCCCUGUGGUCCUGAAGUCUAGGAAAACCGUCUUUCGCUCACUUUUCGGGCUGCGGAGCUUCCCUCCCUCGGGGGUGGGAGCGCAGAGCCGGAAGUGCAGGAUGAGCACCAUGUUCGCGGACACGCUGCUCAUCGUUUUCAUCUCCGUGUGCACGGCUCUGCUCGCCGAGGGUAUCACCUGGGUCCUGGUUUACAGGACAGACAAGUACAAGAGGCUGAAGGCGGAAGUGGAAAAACAGAGUAAGAAAUUGGAAAAGAAGAAGGAAACAAUAACAGAGUCAGCUGGCCGACAACAAAAAAAGAAAAUAGAGAGGCAAGAAGAGAAGCUAAAGAAUAACAACAGAGACCUGUCAAUGGUUCGAAUGAAGUCCAUGUUUGCAAUUGGCUUUUGUUUUACCGCCCUGAUGGGGAUGUUCAAUUCCAUAUUUGAUGGUAGAGUGGUGGCAAAGCUCCCUUUUACCCCCCUUUCCUACAUUCAAGGACUGUCACAUCGGAAUCUGCUGGGGGAUGACACCACAGACUGCUCCUUCAUCUUCCUGUAUAUUCUCUGCACCAUGUCCAUCCGACAGAACAUCCAGAAGAUUCUCGGCCUUGCCCCUUCACGAGCUGCCACCAAACAGGCGGGCGGUUUCCUCGGCCCUCCACCUCCUUCUGGGAAGUUCUCCUGAGAUCAAGAAGAACCUGUAAUUCCUGUCUUUUUUAAAGUCUUUAAAUUAGAUGAGCAACUAUUUUGUAGCAAGAGCCAUAGGCAGCCUUAGCACUCGCACCACUUUCUCGCUUUCUUUCUAAACUUUAUGGAUGUGAUUGGAAUGAAAAUGGCACCCAGCAAACAGAGGUGACAGUGCUUUCAGUCACAGAGGGAUGUUUUAAGUAGGCGUGCCCAUUAGACAGGUGGGGACGUUUGUGUGAUGAGAACCAGUGUCUUCUUGUUUUGUUUACACAAACAUUUUCGUGGGACCGACUCGAGACUGCUGUGCACCGUGGAAGUCAGCUCUCCCUGAGCAUUUAGCAGCCUGAAAGGAAAGAUUAGUUUUCCUGUAGUUAGUUAUGACUCUUAAUCGUGUGUUUUUCAAGCCAAAUAUAUGACCUGUGAUCAAUAAAGAGGCCAAAAUUUUCACUGUCUCACCUACAA